GGCGAAAGCAAAGGGAGCAAGGCUCAGAAGAUACAACGAAAUGACGAAAAGAAAAGAACAAAACAAGCUGUUUGCAAUAAAUCAGAGAAUGUUUUAUAACUCCCUCCUUAAAGAAGGCAUAAGCCCCACUUCGAAAGAUGUAAACCGAGACAGUUUCUAUAAAUAUUGGCGCAGCAUAUCGAGCACAAGUCAUAAGUACAAUGAGCAAGCGUCCUGGCUCACUACUAUACAAGGCUCCACAAAAUCGCUAACUGAAAUGCCAGACGUUUACAUCACAACUGAUAAUGUCAAAGAGGCAGUCAAGAGGCUAAUCAACUGGAAAGCCCCAGGUCGUGAUAAGAUUCAGAACUUCUGGAUUAAGAAGCUGUAUGUUCUUACACGGGCCCUUGGCCACAUGUUCUUCUAGACUUAUUAGCGACCCAAGUAGUCUUCCAAAAUACUUUACCGAGGGUGUGACAUAUCUAUUGUAUCAGAAAGGAGACCCGCUCCAGCCAAGUAGAAGUUCCUGUUGAAUUUCGAAGACCUACUUUUGGGUGGGCGCUUUGACAUUUUCUCUAACACGGACGCGUCAAUUUUGAAAAAAACUGACAAGGCCAAAAUCAAAUAGAAAAAUGACCGAUAUAAGUGGAAUCCAGGAAAAGAUUGAUUUGAGUUAUUUGGAUCCAGAUUUUUGUAGAGGUGCUUCUAAAUUUGAAUUUCCCAAUGGUGAUAUAUACGAAGGAGAAUAUUGUGCGCACAGAUCUGGGCUUGUUUGGAGAGAAGGCUUAGGAACAUACACAACUAAGGACGGCCAAACGUACAAAGGUGCCUGGUUAGAUGACAAACUUAUAAAUACUGUAGAGAUAAAGUUUCCAAAUGGGAAUCAAUAUUAUGGAGAGCUAAAAGACAGCAAAUUCAAUGGAGAAGGGAUGUUCGUAACAAAUGAAAGUUUAGCGGUGAUGUGCAAUUUUGUAGAUAAUAGGCCUGCUGGACAUCUACUUCUGCUUGAUUUUAAAGGAAAAGAGUGGCAUGGAGUCUCAAGUGAAAAUAGUGCGUUAUUAUACAGAGAACAUGUCUACUUUAAUGGUAUCGGCAAAGACUGCGGCAAAGGAAAGUUCAGAGUGAAAAAACCAAAACGGAAAUCUCAUCAAGAAACAGAAGUAGGGGGUGAAGACACUCAAAAACCGCUUGGAAUGGAUAAAAUGAAAGAAUUGGAAUUACGAAUAUUUGCGAAGACAAAAAAGACAGUGUCUGAUUUGAAAUUUGAUGACUCAACAUGGUAUCAGAAUUAUAUGAAUUUUAGAGAAAAAUUUAGCGACAUCAAAGAACGAAUAACAACUCAAGGUGAGAGCGCACUAGAAGAACAUGAGAAAAAGUGGUAUGAGAGAUAUCUGAAUUUCAAAGCAACGCACGAAAAAAUGAUGAAGACAAGGAAAAGAAGUACUUCGAUGAAAAGUGGAAGAGUUAAUCGCAUGUUUGAGUUGUUUCAUGGCUCGCAGUACAGAUCUACCUGUCCAGGUAUUCCAGUGAUUUAUGGGCAUCUUGAAGAGGAAAAAGCUGAGCCUGAAGAAGAAGAACUUAUUGAUCCUGAUACAUUUGAUUGAAUAAAUAUAUUCUCUUAUAA